AUGGCAUGCAAGGUGGCGUCGCUCAAGGCCGACGACAUGAAGGUGGUGUCGGUGAUGGUGUCCAACGACCGCACCUUCAUCGCCAAGAUCCACAUGCUCGCUAUGAAUUCUCUAAGUACAGAGGCGACGAGGCUGCUGGAGCUUCUUGACCUAGAGCUCAUGACCAAUGUCAACAUGAUCACCACAGACUACUGGAUGGCAGGCAUGUCCGGCUACGAGCUCCUCAAUUGUAUCAAGGUAAAUUGA